AGAAGUUGUUUCUUUGGAUCAUACUCGAUAUGGAUUAACGGACCCUACGAAGGUUUAUAAUUUGACCGGAAUCUUGCAUGUAAACGAAUCAAAAACCUCAACAAAUUCAAAAGUUGAAGCAAAUCUCGAAUAUAUUAUUUCGCAUUUAAAAAAAGUUUAUUGUGGUAAAGUUGCUUACGAGUUUAUGCAUAUUCCGUAUGAAAGUGAAAGAAGAUGGUUUUAUUACAUGAUAGAAACUUUUAAGACUGUGUCGUUGACCUCUCAACAAAAACGAAGAAUUUUCGAAGUAUUAACUAGAUCGGAGGUAUUCGACCAUUUUAUGGCAAAGAAAUUUCCUCAAGUCAAACGAUAUGGUCUAGAAGGUGCCGAAUCAAUGAUUGUGGCUUUAGAUAGACUAUUCGAGGUGUCCAAUAAAUCUGGAAUUGUCGAAGCUGUUUUAUGUAUGCCACAUAGAGGUCGUCUAAACCUAUUAACAGAUUUGCUACACUUUUCACCAACAAGACUGUUUCACAAAAUUAAAGGAAAUCCAGAAUUUCCUGAAGAGUUACCUGCUACUGGUGAUGUUCUUUCACAUCUCUCCAUCUCACCAACAUUGGAAUACGGUGGUGCAAAACCUAUUACUAUAUCAAUGCCACAUAAUCCUUCUCAUCUUGAGGCAGUAAAUCCAGUAGCGAUGGGAAAGGCACGUGCAAAACAAAUGGACCUUAUAAAAUCAGAAACUGAUUGUGAACUUGGUGAUCGUGUUAUAUGUGUACAAUUACAUGGUGAUGCGGGUAUCAUAAUGGAAAGUUUUGGAUUAUCAAAUUUGCCACAUUUUUCAUCUGGUGGAUCGAUACAUAUUGUAGUGAAUAAUCAAUUGGGUUAUACAACUCCUGCACAAAAUGCUAGAAGCAGUUGGUAUUGUAGUGACAUAGGAAAAAUGAUUAAUGCUCCUGUAAUUCAUGUUAAUGGUGAUUUUCCUGAGGAAGUGACUCGGGCUAUUGAUAUGGCAUUUGAGUAUAGAAACAAGUUUCGAAAGGAUGUUAUCAUAGACUUGAUAAGUUAUCGUCGAUGGGGACAUAAUGAGCUUGAUGAACCUGCAUUUACACAGCCAUUGAUGUACAGCAAUAUAAGGUCAAGAAAGAGUGUGCCAAAGUUGUAUGAAGAAAAGCUAUUGACGGAUGAAUCAAUUCUUUCAGAGAAUGACAUUUCAGAAUUUAGAAACAAUUAUUUUAAUACUUUAGAAGAACAUUAUAAAAAGAUUGAUACAUAUAAACCAGAAGCAGAUAUGCUAAAAAAGAAAUGGAAUGGAUUUAUAAUGCCAACUGAAACUGUUACUAAAAUGGACACAGGUGUUUCAAAGGAAAUUUUAGAAAAGAUUGGAAAGAUAUCGGUUCAUAUACCUCAAGAGAUUGCGUUAGCACUUGGAUCAUUAAUGCUAGAAGGGCAUAAUGUAAGAUUAUGUGGUCAAGAUGUUGGUCGAGGAACAUUUAGUCAACGUCAUGCAAUGAUCGUAUGCCAAAAUUCAGAAAAAAUUGCUGUGCCUUUGAAUAACUUGGCACCUGAUCAAGGAAUGCUUGAGGCAUGUUUUAGAUCAAUUUUCAUUGUAAAUAGCCCUCUUAGUGAAUUAGCCGUUGUAGGAUUUGAGUAUGGAAUGUCAUCUGAAUCUCCACACAAUCUUAUUAUCUGGGAAGCUCAAUUUGGUGACUUUUUCAAUGGGGCACAAGUUAUUAUUGACACUUACAUUUCUAGCGGCGAAGUAAAAUGGCUGAGACAAUCUGGACUUGUGAUGCUUUUGCCACAUGGUUAUGAUGGUGCAGGACCUGAACACUCUAGUUGUAGAAUUGAAAGGUUUGAUAUCUUAGAUGAAAGUAUACCAAAUAAUCCAAAUAUGCAUAUUGUGAACCCAACUACUCCUGCACAAUAUUUUCACGUUUUAAGAAGACAGAUGAAAAGAAAUUUUAGGAAACCGUUAAUAAUAGCUACACCAAAACUAUUACUAAGAUCACCUGUGGCAGUAUCUAAUUUUGAAGAUAUGUUGCAUGGAACUACAUUUUUACCUAUUAUUGGAAAUAAAUCCGUUGAUGAUGAUAAUAAAGUUGAAAAAAUUGUAUUUGUAUCGGGAAAACUAUAUUACGAUUUGAUUAAAGAAAGGCAGAAUAAGAAAAUUGAAGAUAAAGUCGCUAUUAUUAGAUUUGAGGAGUUAUGCCCAUUUCCAAAAUCUGAUGUUGAAAAAGAAUUAAAAAAAUAUACCAAUGCUAAAGAAUUUAUUUGGUGUCAAGAAGAGCCACAAAAUAAUGGUGCUUAUACAUUUGUUGAACCAAGAUUAAGGCAGUUAUUGCCAUUAAAACAAGAGCUAAAAUACAUAGGAAGACCACCAAGUGCUGCACCAGCAGUCGGUAUUUCACAAUGGCACAAUGCGGAAAUUAAAAAGAUCUUAGAAA